UCUCUCUCUCUCUCUCUCUCCUGUACAAUGGCGAACCCCACUGUGGCCACCAACUCCACACAUCCUUCUCCUAUUCCUCCCUCCGUUAAGGCAGAAAACGAUCCACCACCAUCACAGUACCAGUCAGGAACACCCGAUGUCAAACAAGAAAAUACCCACAAUCCAACACCACCCACACGGCCUCCCCAACAAUCAUCGCCGCCACCACCACAACCACCUUGUUUCAUCAACUCAAUCACCGAACUCCGCCACCUCUCCACCGCCCUCUCCGCUUUCCAACGCCGCUACGAAGAGCUUCAACAACACUUCGAUUUCAUCCGAACCUCCAUUGACUCAAAAUUGCCCCAAGACCUUAUUAUAUCCCCACCACCACCCCAAAAAUUGGCAAAUGUCACUGCAAUCGAAACCUCCUCGCAAACCUUUGUCCCCGAAUCAGCGAUUGUCGAACCCAAAACAACCCCACCACCACCACAAGAAUUGACAAUUACUCCUGUAAUCGAAACCCUCUCGAAAACCCUUGUCCCCGAAUCAGGCAAUUUGGAACAAAAAACAGACAAUGACAAGUCCCCCAAAACUGAAUUGGAACGUCUCUGCCAAAUCAUGUGUAGCCGCGACAUCCGAAAAUAUGUAGCCACACAUCUAUCAGACAUCAAUAAACUCCGUGAAGAAAUUCCCAGAGCCUUGAAAUUCGCAAAGAGCCCGGCAAAGCUUGUUCUCGAAUGCUUCGGGCGGUUUUUUUUACAGGGUACUAAAGCAUAUACGAAGGACUCGCCUAUGAUUCCGGCGAGAGAGGCGUCGGUUCUGAUAUUGGAGUGUUUUUUGCUUAUGGAUCGUGAUGGGGUUGAGAUUGAUGGCGCAGUGAAGGGAGAGGCAGAGUUGGCCUCAGUGGCUUGGAGAAAGAGACUGAUAAGUGAAGGGGGAUUGGGCAAAGCUUGUGAGAUUGAUGCUCGGGGGUUGCUGCUCUUAGUAGGGUGCUUUGGGAUUCCGCAUGAGUUCAAGAAUGAGGAUAUUAGGGAUUUGAUUCGGACUGGUAAUGUGAAGGAAAUCUGUGGCGCUCUUCGCAGGUCAACUGUUCUUAUGGCUAGAAUUCGAGGUAAUGUUGUGGACAUCGUGUUGCUCGUAAUUCCAAUAAAUCAUAAUCAAUAUGUUGUUGAUUCUUUUGUGGAUCAUGUGCCAAAUAUAUAUAAAGGAGCUAGAGAAGGUCCUGACAUCCUAGGGAGAAAAUCAUCAACCCACGAAGAAACAAAAGGGAUAAUUGAGGGUAUGAUAAAGCAUAAAAUGGAAAUUGAAGCAGUUGAUAUUGCUUAUACAUUUGGGGUUUAUGAAAGUUUCUCCCCCAAGACAAUUUUGACUUCAUUCUUAAGAGAGUCUAAAGAAACGUGGAAGAGAGCAACAAAAGCCACAGAGAGUUCAAUUGCUGCAGUGAAUAAAGCAAACAAAAAGCAAUUAGCUGAUCUGAAGGCGGUAAUCAAGUGUUUGCGAGAUCACAACAUUGACCACUCAAAGCUUCUUCCUGGAUGGCAAAUUAAUGAUAGGAUAUCAAGCUUGGAGAAAGAGAUUGCUGAUCUUGAUAAGAAAACAGAAGUGAAGGUGAUGCCGAAGAGAAAGGUAGAUGAAAUGGAAUCCUCGAAAUGGUUAAAAACCCAAGAGAUUAAACGUUCUCGGGUUGCUGACCAUGUGCCACAGCAGCAUAGAGCUGCUGGUCAUGUGGAAAGCAGGAGCCCUUAUGACAGGCUGACACCAAUGAAUUUGUUGGAUGGUGGACUUCCUGUUAACAUUAGUUAUUCUGAUUCCCCUUAUGUACUGCAUGGAUCUGGUGCGGUUCUAUUGCCUGAAUAUACUGCUGGCUCCAUAACGGGGCGUGGAAGUGGUGUGUUUGCCCCUGGAUUUGAAGCUGGUAUAUCAGCGGGCACUGGUGGUGAUCUGCCCACAGGCUCAUAUGCUGGGGCUCGACAGAUGAUGAAUCCGAAUGGUCAACCAUAUGGAUGGCGUGGGGAUGCAACUUUUGAUGAACGGUUGGUUGCUCACAAUUUUGCUGGACAGGCUCCUGCUGUUGGCCUGACUAGUUUGUACAGGCAAUCAUCAUCUUUCGAAGGCUUUGUUGGGUUGCCAAAUGCCUCAUCAGUUGGGGUUUCGAAUAGGAGCUCUGCAUCUGAUCUCUAUCAGUUUGCCGAUUCUGUUCUGGACAGUGAUUUGUAUCGGGGAAGUGGUUCUCGCACUGUUAGUACUGUGCCUCGUGUUGUACCUGCUCAUCGCUCAUCUUAUUUGUAUUGAAGUACCGACUCUGCUUCGUCCAGACAUUUGUUUUGUCUCUUUUUUAGGCCCCUAGAUCCUAUUUAACAAGUGCUGCAAUAUGUAGAAGGCUUUUCAUUUUUGCUGUGAUUAUAACGGAUGCUCAAUGUUAGUUUUGGUGGUAGCCCUGCAUCUUGUAAUAGCUUGUGGUAAUUGCCAAAAGAUAGCUUUUAAAUUUAACUCAACAAAUGAAUGU